AUGACUCCGCAGAACAAUAUUUCUGCGGAGCCCUGGACUAAGUCCGACGCGGCUAGAAGAGGGCCAUGCAUGUUCACCGCCCGCCCCAGAUGCCGUGACUCAGCCACCGCUACUCUUAUCAUACCAAUCACAGCUCGUAGCUUUGGGAGACCCGCCGACUUCGGAUCUACUUCAAGGCCUAGGGAAAGAGGAAGUGGCAUGAAUCGAAUCGAAGCCUUCAAGCCAGACUCGGGUAAGACUCGCCGCUGGCAGGAGCAGGCUAAUUGUCAAGACUCGGACAAGGCGGGUGAUCCUGGAAGUGCGGAUCUUGGGCAGGAGCUUGGACGGCCAGUCCUGUCCCUGCAAACUCAGGCAUCCACUGGCGGGCCAAGUGCCAAGCGGGGAGAUCACAUGACAGGAGGAAGCACAUGCACGUGA